AUGGAACCCAAGGAUAACACCCUUCCUCACCUCUUCGUUCCCACCUGGGUCAACUCGAACAUCGUGGCCGGUGCCGACACAACUAGCAUCCUAGCCAGCGCCGUCAUAUAUCAUCUCCUGAAAAAUCCCCCGUCUUUCGCUAAACUCAAAGACGAGGUAGCCGUUGCUGCAGCUCAAGGCCGUCUCUCCAGAUACACAACAUGGAAGGAGGCCAAGGAAUUGCCCUACCUAGAUGCCUGUAUCAUAGAGGCUACCAGGAUGCAUCCUCCCUUCGCUCUUCCUUUCGAGCGCGUCGUGCCCGAGGUUGGCCUCCGGAUCGACGGCCAUUAUAUUCCUUCAGGCACAAGAGUCGGUAUUAACCCUUGGGCAAUGCAUCGCGAAGCAUCGAUGUUUGGUGCGAAUCCUGACGUUUGGAGACCCGAACGCUGGUUAUGCAGUGAGACUAAGAAGCAGGAAAUGUACAAUUCUCUUUUGACGUUUGGCGCCGGUCAUCGAAGCUGUCUUGGAAGGCACCUUGCCUACUUCGAGAUUUACAAACUCAUUCCAUCUCUGUUCCAGCAGUACGAUAUUGAACUAGUAAGCCCGGUUGGCGACUGGACAGUUGAGAACAAAUGGCUGACCAAGCCAUCCGGAUUCCGAGUCAAGAUCACAUCCCGUAGCUAG